GCGUGGGUUCGCUUGCUUGUGUGACACAAUUAUAACAACUUUAAGCUGGUGGCUGUGGGGAAUUUUAUGGUCAAAUAAUACUCUUUUCAAACUACAAGAAUUGAACUUCAUGCAUUACAUUUGAUUAGUUGCAUAAACGGUGCCUAAAAAUGUGACGCGAAUACUUUUUGGAGGGGUACUUGUUUUCCUGAAAGGAUUUACCAUUUUGAAUUGCGUUUUGAUCGUGGAGAAAAGUUUAUUCUAUCUUAAUAUUUUUUUUUGUUUUCCUUCUUUGAUUUGGUGGAGUAUUUCGUUCGCCCUCUCGUCGCGAUUCCAUGCAAUCGUGCGGAGUCUCGCUCGCUGUUGCUGCCUGCGCUGCUGCUCGGAGUCUCGGCUCGGCUUCUGGUGGUGAUGAGGAAAAGAAAAUGGCGGCGGGAAAAGCCAGUGAAACCGAGGAGGACUUUCCGACGCUGACAGCCCAAGAGAGGGACAGCUUGGUCGGAAUUGACAGCUCACUGUUUGGAUUUCAGAGGCUUCAUGAAGAUGGCGCCAGAACGAAGGCCUUACUGUUGAAGGCCGUUCGUUCCUACGAUUCUCUCAUCUUGAAGGCUGAAGGAAAAGUGGAGCCAGAGUUAUUCUGCCAGCUAGGCCACUUCAACCUCCUCCUGGAGGAUUACGCUAAAGCAUUAUCAGCAUACCAGAGGUACUACAGCUUACAGUCCGACUACUGGAAGAAUGCUGCCUUCCUAUAUGGCCUGGGCAUGGUCUACUUCCAUUACAACGCAUUUCAGUGGGCGAUAAAAGCUUUCCAGGAGGUGCUCUACAUCGACCCCAGUUUCUCACGAGCCAAGGAGAUCCACCUGCGACUCGGCCUCAUGUUUAAGGUCAACACCGACUACGAGUCAAGUCUAAAGCAUUUCCAGCUGGCUUUGAUUGACUCCAACCCCUGCACUUUGUCCAAAGCUGAAAUUCAGUUCCACAUUGCCCAUUUGUAUGAGAUUCAGAAGAGAUACCGGGCUGCUAAGGAGGCGUACGAGAGCCUUCUGCAGACGGAGAAUCUCCCAGCACAGGUGAAGGCCACUACCCUGCAGCAGCUAGGCUGGAUGCACCACACAGUGGAGCAGCUGGGAGACCGAGCCAACAAGGACAGCUAUGCCAUCCAGUGUCUGCAGAAAUCACUGGAGGCAGACCCCAACUCGGGACAGUCCUGGUACUUCCUGGGCAGGUGCUACUCCAGUAUUGGCAAGGUCCAGGAUGCGUUUGUCUCCUACAGGCAGUCCAUAGACAAAUCAGAAGCCAGUGCAGACACUUGGUGUUCAAUAGGUGUUCUGUACCAGCAACAGAACCAGCCCAUGGAUGCUCUGCAGGCGUACAUCUGUGCAGUGCAGCUGGACCACGGCCACGCUGCCGCCUGGAUGGACCUGGGCACGCUCUACGAGUCCUGCAGCCAGCCGCAUGAUGCCAUCAAGUGCUACAUCAACGCCAUGCGCAGCAAGGCCUGCUCCAACGCCACCGCGCUCACACAACGCAUCAAAUGCCUGCAGGCUCAGUUGAGUAACCCCCAGGUCACUAGUCUACAGAGUAAAAGUAAAAUGCUUCCUCUUAUUGAUGAGGCCUGGAGUCUACCAAUCCCAGCAGAGCUAACCUCCAGGCAGGGUGGCCUGAACACUGCACCGCAGGCAUGUAAGCCCCAGCAUAGCUCAGAGGGAGGGGGAUCGGGCCAGGCUCUGCCCCCACACGUGGGCCCUAUGGGCCAGGGGGAGGACCAAUCCAGCCCUGCCAAGAGGAGGAGGGCCUCCAGCCCAGCCAAGAGCCAGCCAGAUUCCUGGCCUAGUAACUCAGCACAGCAGCCAGUCCCCAACUGGUACCUGUCGCCACAGAAACUGCAGCUCCUGGACCAGUUGAGGAGUAACCGGGCCAGUCUGAAGCCCCUGCAGCUGCAGAUGCUGGAGCAGCUGGAGGCACAACUCAACCUAAUGCAGCAGCACCAGCAGCAGAUGAGACAGAAUGCAUCUGGACAGCUGCGUCCCUCCCUCCCCAACGGCCCAUCAGCUACCAACUCUCUUCCCCCUCCUCACUCUAGUCUGCCCCCCUCCCGGCCCCACCUGGCCCCUCAGGGCUUGUUGCGGCCCCCCUGCCCUCCUGGACCACUGGCCAACGGGCCUCUGGCAGGCGGGACACCACACGGACACUCUGACACUCUUUCUGUGGGCAAUAAUAAUAAUAAUAAUGAUGAUGACCCGGUGGCGGCCACAGGACCCAACGGAGACGUGCCUUACCUGCAGCCCGGCGCACUACUACCUCACACCUGCACAAGCACCCAAUCACAGGACACAGCGCGCCGGGCCCUGCACCUAAACUCCACUCAGGGGCUUCAGAAGGGUUCCGCUCCACAUUGGGCGGGUCCUAAUGGGGAUGGGUCUCUCUCCUCCUCUGGGGGGUCAACCCACCCCCUCUCGCACCCCCAGACGCCCCACAAUCAGGUUGGACAUUCCGCCACCCCAUCGCCGCGGCAACAGGCUCUCAACCACCUCCCGUCCCCCCCUUCUCCCCCUCACUCUGCUACCUCAGGUGGAGCACCCGGCACCCCUGCUACCAAAGAGAGCACGCCCCUCGGCAACGGCCCCACAGCCACGGCAACAAAGGGGCCUGGGGAGACGACGACGGCCAAUAGCACUGCCGCUGCGGAAAGCUUAUCCAAUCACAUACAGUCGGCGGCGGGAGACGGCGGGACGAGCAACCGGUCCCCUCACCACAGCUCAGACAAUCCUAAGGGGGGCGACCACACCCCCACCACCUCCGCCCCCCACAAGAAGAUCAACAACAUCCACCCGGCUGUCUCCUCGGCCGCUUCCUCCCCCAUCUCUGCCAUGUCCACCGCCACCCCCUCGCCCAAAUCCACCGAGCCCGGCCAGUCGACGGGCCCGCACGGCCUCAACAGCCCCUCCACCACCACCGCCGCAUUAUCAUCAGCCGGCCCCACCACCGUCGUCAAUGGCAACGGCAAGGGGGGCAUCUCCGAGGACUCCCAGAGCCCGUUGAAGGCGGACCCUCCUGCCACGUGUCGCAGACCCACGCCACCCCAUGCCCGCACCCCCCCAUCAUCCUCUUCCUCCGUGUCCAUCUACCCCUCCUCCACUGACGUGCUCAAGGCCUGCAGAAAUCUGGGGAAGAACGGUCUGUCUAGCAGCAGUAUCCUGCUGGAUAAGUGUCCCCCUCCUCGCCUGCCCCCUUCUCCCUCCCCAGUCCUGCCCAAGGACAAACUCAACCCCCCCACACCAAGCAUCUAUCUGGAGAAUAAGAGGGAUGCCUUCUUCCCUCCGCUGCACCAGUUCUGCACAAACCCCUCCAACCCUGUCACUGUCAUCAGAGGGCUGGCCGGGGCGCUCAAACUGGACCUGGGUCUGUUCUCUACUAAGACCCUAGUGGAGGCUAACCCAGACCAUCUGGUUGAGUGUCGUACCCAGCUGUCUCAGCCCGCUGACGAGAACUGGGACCUGAGUGGCACCAAGAAGAUGUGGCGCUGCGAGAGCGGCCGAGCUCACACCACCAUCGCCAAAUACGCCCAGUACCAGGCUGCCUCCUUCCAGGAGUCACUACGGGCUAACGGAAACCCUGACCCACACACAGACCUGUUUCCCAAUGCUCGGUGUCUUUUUGAAUGGGAUCCUCUUUACUCUCAGGAGGAGAAUGAGAAGAAGGCGUUGAAGGAGCCCUCAGACACUGAGCCAGCAUCAGCAGAGAGUGCGGCACGCAAAAGGAGGGGUCCCCUAAAGCACAUCAAAUUUGGGACCAACAUCGACGUGUCGGACGAAAGAAAGUGGAAGCUACAGCUGCAGGAGCUGAGUAAGCUGCCUGCGUUCGCCAGGGUGGUGUCUGCUGGCAAUCUGCUCAGCCACGUAGGACACACCAUCCUGGGCAUGAACACUGUCCAGCUCUACAUGAAGGUCCCCGGCAGCAGAAUACCAGGUCAUCAGGAACACAAUAACUUCUGCUCUGUCAACAUCAACAUCGGCCCUGGGGACUGUGAGUGGUUUGCUGUGCCAGAACCCUACUGGGGAGUGAUGAGCAACUUCUGUGAAAAAAACAACAUCAACUUCCUGAUGGGUUCGUGGUGGCCCAACCUGGAGGACCUGUAUGAGGCAGAUGUGCCUGUCUACCGGUUCAUCCAGCGGCCGGGGGACCUGGUGUGGCUCAACACAGGCACCGUCCACUGGGUCCAGGCCAUCGGCUGGUGCAACAACAUCGCCUGGAACGUAGGACCCCUCAGUGCCCACCAGUACAAGCUGGCCGUGGAGCGUUACGAGUGGAACAAGCUCCAGAGCGUCAAGUCCCAUGUACCCAUGGUGCACCUCUCCUGGAACAUGGCCCGCAACAUCAAGGUGUCUGACCACAAGCUCUUCCAGAUGAUCAAGUACUGCCUGCUGAGGACGCUGAAGCAGUGUCAGUCGGUGAAGGAGGCUCUAGCCGCAGCAGGGAAGGAGACAGUACUGCAGAGCAGGAACAGGGAUGAGCCUGCGCACUACUGCACCAUCUGUGAGGUGGAGGUGUUUAACCUGCUGUUUGUGCGGAGCGAGCUCCUCUCCAGGAAGCAGAAGCAGUACGUGGUUCACUGUCAGGACUGUGCCCGGAAAGGCAGCGCCGAGCUGGACAACUUUGUGGUUGUAGAGAAACACCGGAUGGAUGAUCUCAUGCAGGUCUACGACCAGUUCACACUAGCCCCUCUGCAUUCAUCUUCAUCUUGACAUUAGACAUCCCUUUGGCUUCUGUGGGGCGACCAAGCAUUACAGGAACUUUCAUUUCAAAGGAAAAAUGGACCAUUUCUGAUAUUCAGGAAAGUCGAGACAGUCUCCCCGUAUGGCUGUUCUCCACAGCGACGGCUGGAGGCAGCAGCGGCUGCGUGUGUCUAUGCAACCUGUCAAGUGCGCCGUGUCAACCCCCCUCUUCCCCCUGGGGGGCGCCAGAGAGCGCACUUCCCAACACAGGACUCCCCCCCUCGUAACAAUGGUUCAGCUCUUUUUAAUGGAGGACUUAAUCCAAAAACAUUUGGGAAAGGGGCGGGAAUUAUUAUUGAGUGAAGAUGUUUUGUAGAUAUUGUAUCCGUCACAACUGGCAACACCACCCUAAAAGACUACUGACUGGACAACCUGUUCUCUUUUUUUAUUUUUAUUAUUCUGUUAACAGGCUGAGAUGUGAUCCCUUUGUUUUCCUGAAUUCUCCAGGUGUUUUCCUUCCCUCUAAGGAGCACUAGCCUAACUGGUCUUUUUCUAUGGUAGAUAGUAAUUUUAAGACUCUUUGGAUGGCAAAAUCUACAAAAAAAUUGUAAUGUGAAGAGUUUAGGUGAUUAUCCUUUUUUUUAUUUUUUACAGCUUUUAUGUUUUAUCUUUGUUAUUUUGGAGCUAUGACGUUCAGUUUUUGGUUGUUUAUUAGGUUUAAAAAAAAAAGAGAAAUGUUGGGGAAAAUCAAUAGCCAAGUCACAAAGAAAAAUGGGUUGCACAUUGACCUAAAGGAGAAUUUAGCUUUUUUUUUUACAACCAAAUAUAUUUUUGAUGUAAAUGGCAUGUUAUUGAAGGGUCCAGACAGUUUUUAUAGCGAUUUGAGAAACUUACCGCAACCAGCGAUUGAAUUCCUUCAUCCCCGUUGUGCAGUAUGUGGGCUCUGAAAAAUGAACAAAGGCUCCAAAAACACCCAAAUAUGUCCUUUUUGAAACGGAAAUGCUCUCAGUAGUGAUGCAUGUCUUUAGAUAGUGUACAGAUGACGUUGUCAUUCUGAACUUUAUCCGCAACGUUAAUAUUCCAUUUUGUUGCGACUCAAGCGAUACCUCUGUCCAUUCUACAGGUCACAGCCAAAACACUUGCGUAAAUGAGGGAUACAAAGUAUAUUGAAAGCAGGUGCUUCCACACAGGAAGUUCCAGACGCUUGUUGAAUCUAUGCCAAGUUGCAUUGAAGCUGUUCUGGCAGCUCUUGUUGUCCCAACACCCUAUUAAGACGCUUUAUGUUGGCGUUUCCUUUAUUUUGGCAGUUACCUGUAGCAGCAGUCUACACGGAGAAUGAAACGGCUGGAUAUGGGAAACGUCUUGAGACACACAAAUGGAAUAUAGCAUUGCGGAAUGACACAAUUUCAAAGACCUGCAUCAUGUUUUUUCAGGGGCCCCAAAUAAUUAGCUGGUUGUGUUAAGUUUCUCAAACAAGUGAAAUCGCAUAGAAGUGUGGACUUCAAUAACAUGCCAUUUAUAUCAAAAUACAGAUUUGGUUGUUAAUAAAAAAAGAGCUAACUUCUCCUUUUAAGGAAUAAAGUUUGAUUUGUGAUUUUUGUUAUGUUUCUAAUCUUGAUGUAAAUUUACACUAUUUAUAAAUACAUAUUUAUUGCUUGAAAAUAUUUGUUGAUGGAAUGCUGUUAUUUUUUUCCAGAGUACCUGCCAUUAAAUUUGAAGGAGUUUUGUCAUUUUAACACAACUCCUCGUACAUUUUCUAUAUAUAAAUAAAACUGCUUAGCAAGCGUUGUACAGAAACUGACAUUUAAAAUUGUUUUAUUGUUUUGAAGAAUGUUUUAUGAUGAGUCAUUAAACACAAUUGUCAAAUAA